AUGGAUAAAACGUCCACUCCCCAUCCUGCUGGAGAACAACGCCUCGCAAAAAACGAACGGAUAGGUGAUGGUUUAGAGGAAGCUGCCGGAUAUAUUUUAAAUGCAAAAUGUCGCAAAUCGAUACAAAAGGCAAGAGAAAAUUUUGCAAGUCUGAGUACCUCCCCCGUACUACCCGAAGAACAUGUUAAUGAUCUCCUAAGUCCCGAAUUAAAGAAAAGUCAUUUUGUUACAUUUCGUGAACAAUUUUCUGAGGAUAUGUUUUUUAAAAAAACAAAAUUGGGACAAGUUUAUCCGUUGCAAUCGAAACCCGAGAGGCUGACAAAUGAAAAUUUCACCUAUGGCAGGAAAAGUUUGAAAACCGACAGUUUAUAUGAAUUGAUGCUGCCAAAGAAAACGGCCGGUGAAAUUAAUAGAGAUUUUAUUAACUGGCAUGAUAAAUAUGUUAUAUCGCAUGGGCAUUAUUUUCCGGCAGAUAGGAUUCAAAGAAGUUACAAUGAAAAUUUCAAUCCCAAUAAAACCUUUGGUAUUUGCAAGAACACCGAUACCUCGGGGCGUAUGGUCCGGGAAUGCAUGCAACAGCCGAAAGGCUUUGUUGUCAUAAAUGGUACCCAAAAGAAAUUUAGUGAUCGCACUGUAGGCCAAUUGGGAAGAUCUAUAAAAAGGACCGAACCUAUUCUGCAAGUUGCAAUUCCGCCUAUAUCUAAAUCCAAUAAUGACAGUCAAAACAUUCGUUCUAUAUUGGAAAACGCCGAAUUUUCCGCCGAAAAAGAUACCAACAUAGAAGCCAUUGGAUAUGUAAAAAAUUUACGACGUAAAUUAUUCAAUCAUAAAUAUUUUCAUAUUCAUGAUUUGAAAAUUCUGUUGGAAAAGAAUGAUAAAAAUUCCCGCGGAUUUUUGGACCUAACAGCAAUAUUUCAAAUUUUAAGAUCUUUAAAUAUUCGUACUGAUGAAAAACUAUUACAUCAAGCUAUGGUACAUUUGCAUAUUAUUGAUGAUGCAAAUUCAGGAAAGCAUAGAGUUAAUAUAGAUUUAUUUUGGAAAAUGUUGAAUUUUCAAUAUCCCCUGCCAAGCAUUAGCUGUGGCAAGUCGGAUGUUCCAUACGAUUUGAGAAAUAAUAACCCCACUGUAUAUCAAUCAUUUUGUCAAGAUCGCGAAAAGGAUUUGCCUAGAUCUAUUAGCGAGAAAUCACAUAAAGACCCUACAACCGCCGGCGAUUGUAUUUCACCGGAUAUAGUUGUAAGUUCGGGACUGGAUGAUAGGGAUUUUGAAAUCAAGCGUUCCAAAGAAGAACUUCAUAAAAUAUUUGGAAAUUUGCUAAAGGAGAUUUUUGAAGAUUUUUGGAAUGCGGCUGUGAACAAAUGUGGCGAUGAAGAUAAUACAAAAAUUAAUUUAUGA